AUGACGCAUCAUAACCAACUCCAGUCAUCUCUGGAUAAAAUCAGUAAAUGGUGUGAUGAAAACGCUAUGGAGUUGAAUGUUGCCAAGUGCCUCACGAUGUUCUUCAGUCGCAGUACUGUAGUGCACCCUUACAACUACAGCAUAAACGGUGCCAUCCUGAAAGUGGUUGAUAUGGUCAAAGAUUUGGGCGUCAUAACUACUCCUACCCUCAGUCCCUAUGAGCAUAUCAGCCAAAUAGCAAAAAGGGCUUCAUCACUUCUUGGCUUCAUUUUUCGAACAACAAAAGACCUCAAGAACCCUCUCACACUUAUAAUCCUCUACAAGACUUUGGUACGUCCCGUGAUGGAAUACUGCUCUGUUGUCUGGUCUCCUUAUCAGUCUUUGCACAUCGAUAUACUAGAUAAGAUACAAAGAAGAUUUAUUAGACUGAUUGGUCUUAGACUGGGGUACCACUUUCAGGAUGUUCCUAUUAUCACCCUGGAGCAAUACUAUGAUCUGCAACCACUCAGUCUAAGAAGGAAAUGUUACGACCUGCAGUUUCUCUUCAAACUCGUGAACGGUAUCAUCGACUGCACAUCUUUGCUGAAUAAUAUAGAAUUCUCUGCCCCUAAAGGAACCAGAUCCAAAACGUUAUUUGCUAGAGGAUUCCAAGCAAGGAAUUACUCCUACCAUCAUGGGUUGUCAAGGUUGUUGAGGAUGGGUGGAGAGGCUUCGACUCACAUUGACUUCUUCGGGAUUUCUUCUUCCUCAUUCAAGAGAGACGCCUCAAGAUAUUUACAAGGGAGAACAUCUUAG